AAACAAGCAAUAAAAAUAAUGAGUAUUUGUUGUUUUUUUUUGUUUAUCAAUAUUUUCAACAUUUUUCAAUAAGAGAGGAUUAACGGAAGGUCGUAAUAAAAAAAGCUCUUCAUUCUGACAAUAAAGUAAAUCAUUGAAUUUAUGGACAUUUGUCAAUAAUUCUCAAUUCAAUAACAAUAAUGUCGGCAUCAGUGAAUGGUAGUGAAUAUGACGAAUGGGUUAUAGAUGAAGCGGAUUGCGUACAAGAAGCGCAGCAAACAGUAUACGAAUGCAGUGAAAUAUCAAUUGAAAAUGCGCUUGUUCUCAACAAACAAAUGCGGGUUUAUUUGAAUGAUUUGAAAGAGGAGCUGGAACGAUUGAUUAAAGCGUGCCAACAAAAAUACAAGCAAAAUGAGGAACUUCUUGACGAAAUAAACAAAUCGAAAAAUGAGCCAAAACGUUACACUACAUACUACUUUUGUGGCUAUCCAUAUUUCAAAGAUCGAAAGGGAGGUGCACCCCCGCAAUCAGCCGAGUAUUUAAGACGAUCAGAGAAUGGCAAUGAAUUAUUUCCAUUGGAUUUGGAAAAACGAGGCAUUUGGCUGUCAAGGGACAAAGUCGAAUUGGUUCAAGGUGUGAAAAAGCAAGUUGUAACUUAUUUAUUGUGUCAAAAUCGUGCAAAAAUUCGAAAAACUGCAGGAAAACGAUGUGCCAGCGAAUUGUCUGCUAGAUUAAAAUCGGAAGGUGCAACAUUUGAAUCUUUACAUUUGAAAGAGCUACUCAAAAGGGUUGAAGGUACCGAUUUUCAAAUAAAUUGGCUUAACAUAUCAAUGGACGCCUUAGAAGACCGACACAAACCAAAUGAAUGCAUGGCAAUGUGGUACGGUUAUCUAAUGCCAACGCUGAAUCGAACACCAUGGACACCGGCCGAAGAAGAUAAAUUAUUGAAUGCAGCAAAAGAUUUUGAUGAGCAAAAUUGGGGGGAGAUUGCCAAAUUUGUGGAUAAUCGUUCACCUUAUCAAUGUUUUGUUCACUACCAGACUAAAUUUAAUAAGAAAAAUAUGCAAAAAUAUGUUCGAUGGACUCCUGAACAGGAUAAAAAACUAAUUGAAUUAGUUGAAAAGUAUCGAAUCGGCAAUGUUAUACCGUGGACAAAGAUUAUGGAAAAGUCGCCAGGACGUUCAAAACCACAAAUUUAUAAUCGGUACAUGUUUUCGUUGAAUCCAGAAAUAAGUCGUCAACCUUUCACGAUUGAUGAAGAUUGUAUUUUGAUGGCUGCCAUAAAAGAAUAUGGAUGCAAUUAUCGCGAAUUUCCCGCCAAUUUGUUACCGGGACGAAAUAUGAGACAAAUGAGAGAGCGUUAUAAUAACGUAUUGAAACAUGUUAAUGUACGUGAACAUUGGUCAGAAGAACAUGACAUAAAACUAAUGGAAUUGGUUGAAAAAUAUGGUACAAGUGAAUGGGUUAAAAUAGCCGACGUAUUAAUAAGCCAUACUCGUACAUCGUGCCGGCAACGCUACAUAACCAUAAAGAAAUUUCUCGAAAAGCAUCCUGAUAAAACGGUGUCAGAUGUCCCACGCAGAAAACGUGGAUUUUCUACGGAUGUGACGACAGAGAAUUGGAGAAAGACCUUGAUCGAAAUGAAAAUAUCUGACACAAUCGAUGUAUAUACUGAUGACGAUGAUGAUGAUGAUAAUUGCGAAAAUAAUGGAACGCGAAAAAAACCAUUGUCUAGAGAACUCUAUAACAAAGCCUACUACGAUUUCUUUAAGUAUUCGUUUAAGUUCAAGUUUGGCGAUGCUAUUUUUGGCAGCGAUUCACUGUUUGAAAAUGUCCAGAUCGCGUGUCAAAUCUUACAAGCACCAACUCUACCAAAACAAAUCGAUCUAUACAAUCCCGACUUUAGUUGCUAUGUAACAUUGCAGAAUUUUUGCCAAAAAGUUUCACUCGAAUCCGAUUUACUCAAAUCUCUCAUUGAUCUUGGCAAAAAUGAUUUCAACUAUCCCGUAAAUUUGAAUACAAUACUUGGACUACGUGGCGUGGUAGCAAUGUUGGCAUUGUCUAAAGAAAACGAUAAAAACGAUGAGAAAAGUGAACAGAAGAAAAAUGAUCCCUUGAAAGCAAUUAAACCAGAGCCAAACACCAACACCACCAAUGAUGAACACGAUGCAUUGAAUUUGUUUCGAUUACGGUUUAAGUCGAUCUUCAAGCAAACGGCAACCCUAGCAAAAAUGCGACGAAAAAUUACAACCGUCUCUUUACGACUGCGGAAUAAAAAAAAUAAACGAUUGGCUAAACGUAAAUCGAAACAAGCACCGGAAAUAUCAACACCAGAAACCAUAACAGAUUUUCAUAAUAACGAGACGAUGGUGAGAGUUACUGUGAAAGAUAAUGAGUUUGAGUGUUAUGCCAUGAGUGAAAGUGAAGAAAAACCAAAUAAACGGCCCAGAAUUACAGUGCUUGAAAGUAUUACAGUAGGAAUGAAUGAAGAGAUUGAUCCAUUGUCUCAACCAUCAACGUCCAGCCAAACAUACAGUAGCUAUCGUUACCGAGUUGAACCAUCCAAUAUGGUUAUUUAUCCAUAUAUAAGUGAGAGUGAAACAGAAGUCAUAACCGAUGAUCAGAGCACAUAUUCAAAUACAGAAUUUGUAAUUUGGACGCCAACCAGAACAGACGAAGCAACUGGAUCCACAACAAAAAACAAUGUUAAAGUUGCUGUUGCUGGUGCAAGUGGAGGAAUUGGUCAACCAUUGAGCUUGUUGUUGAAACAAAGCCCAUUGAUUUCCGAACUUUCGUUGUACGAUAUCGUGCAUACACCAGGAGUUGCAGCUGAUUUAUCGCACAUUGAUACGCCAGCCAAAGUUCUUGGUUUCAAUGGCGCAGAAAACUUAGAAACUGCACUCAAAAAUGCUGAUGUUGUCAUCAUCCCAGCUGGAGUUCCACGUAAACCAGGAAUGACCCGUGAUGAUUUGUUCAACACAAAUGCUGGUAUUGUACGUGAUUUGGCCGUUGCUAUUUCAAAAGUUUGCCCAAAUGCUUUGGUUGGUAUUAUUACCAAUCCAGUUAAUUCAUGUGUGCCAAUUGCAUCCGAAGUAUUGAAAAAGGCAGGAACCUACGAUCCAAAUCGCAUCUUUGGUGUAUCAACUUUGGAUGUUGUUCGUGCUCAAGCCUUUAUCGGUGAAGCAACAAACACAAAUCCAUUGGACGUUAAAAUCCCAGUUAUCGGUGGUCACUCAGGUGUUACAAUUCUGCCAGUUUUGUCACAAAGCGUGCCAUCCGUUAAUUUUUCACAAGAUAAAAUCAAAGCACUCACUGAACGUAUUCAAGAGGCCGGUACAGAAGUUGUUAAAGCCAAGGCUGGAGCUGGCAGUGCGACGCUAUCAAUGGCAUAUGCCGGAGCUCGUUUUGCUCUUUCAUUGGUCAAAGCAUUGAAAGGCGAUCCAAAUGUUGUUGAAUGUUCAUACGUACGUUCAGACGUCACAGCCGCUACAUACUUUGCAACACCAUUGAAAUUGGGCAAAAAUGGUGUCGAAAAGAACUUGGGACUACCAAAAUUGAAUGCUUUCGAACAAACACUUUUAGAAGCCGCCAUCCCAGAAUUGCAAAAGAACAUCAAAAAGGAAAAAGACAUGGAUGACGACGAGCUCGAUGAUAAUCAACCAGAAGAAAGCAAAUACGUUGUAAUAAAAUGUGGACUUCAAACAAUCCUGCGACAACAACAUGAACGGAUUGAAAGAGUUGGAGAAGUUGUGACCAAAAUGCUAUUCGAGCGCAGUGUUCAAAUGACAGAAGUGGCAGCAUUGGCAUCACUUUCUAUUCUUUUUAUUUUGAAUGAAGCACUUGAUAAUGACGAUCGUGCAUUUUUUUUGCAACCACAUCCAAGCCUGUUCAUUGCCGAUUGUUUCAGAGCGGUAUUAAACCAACACGUUAACAAUAUUAAUAGUGAAUAUCGGAUAUUGCCCAAGUUUCGUUUCAUGGUAGAAAGAAACAGUGAAGAACAGUUCCGAUGGCCAGAUGAUGAAAAGUUGGGAAAUGGUUUGAGAUAUUUUUAUAAACAAUAUAUCACAAACAUUCAAACCAAUACCAACACAUGGUGUGAAAAACGACUUGAGAAUUUUUUUCGAAUGCGUUGUUGGUAUCGCAAUCGAUUCCACAAUGGCUCAAGAUUUGAUAACAUCGACAUCAGAAAUGCCAAAGAGUUUUCAUAUCGAUUUAAGAAUUUAACAAAUGGUAAUAAUGGUAAUAAUGUGGAUCCACAACGCGUUGAAAAAUUCAAUAUUUUAAUGAGAGAUUUGACUGAAAUUGGAUGGUCGGGAACAGUGAGUAUGAAAUUUUUCGCAAAAUAUCGUUGGUUUGAAUCACUGUGGUUGUUCGGUCAAAUGCAACGGCAAAUAGAAGUGUAUCACAGUCAUGCCGAACAAUGGAAUACCAUUCAUGAAAUGUUUCGUAACAAUCCGAACUUUCAAGAGCCAACAAUCAAUCGACCACCAAAAAUAAGCAGUUUUGCUCUUAUACCAUUAUGCGACUACCAUUUGAAAAACGUGCGAUUGGACAUUAAGGACUUGUAUUAUAAAAUUGUAAACGAGCUUGAUUUGGUGCCUUCUUUUCUCAAUACGCGGACCAACCGGAUGAAUAAGAGAAAUUUAAAGUACUACACCCAAACUGAUCGAUCAGGUCUAUGGAAUAUGUUGUUCGAUGUCGGUGAAAUAAAUAAAUUGGGCAAAUCGAAAUCAUUCCAUCAUCAGAUUUUGACCGAUAGUGUUUCAAUAUCCAUAAUGUACAAGAAACCACAGCGACAACAACGACCACAGCGACAACAACGACCACAGCAAACAACCCAAGCGAAUAGGGGGCCGGAAAAACUCAUUGGCAAGAAAUACAUCAUUGGAAUCGAUCCGAAUGAAAAAUCGUGGUUAACUGUAGUGCGUCGCAACAUUCAAAAAACACCUGAUGAGCCGGCUGUUGAGGAAAACAUUAUAAUACCAAACCAGCGUUUUCAUUGGGAAACUCAGCAGAAAAAACGAGACAAAGAAGCGAAAAAGUUGGCUGGAUGGUUUGAUAUCGAAGAGAAGGAACAUCUCAAACCAUACCCAUAUCGUCCACCAUCACCACGUAAUUCAACAUGGAAAUCAUACAUUGAAUAUCGCAUUAAAAUGUUACGAAAAGGAAUGGCAGCUUAUGCGACGCGUGAAUAUGCACGACUGGAUUUAGACCAUCACAUUCGCUCGACCAGAGUAAAUGAUCAAAUCGCCGUGCGUGUGACAAACAACAAACCGUCGUUGGUUCAAUUUGGUGCUUGGGCGAUGAAACCCGAUCGACCGUUUGGAAUAAAAAAGCGUAAAAGAUGUCCGGGAUCGCGUAAGUUUCGUGUGAGCAUUAAGAAACUUGGACAUUCAGAAGUUGAAAUGCAAGAUGAAUGGGGAACAUCACAAACAUGCGCGAAUUGUCAGGAACGUUUUCCAAGGCACACAAAAGAUGAUCGAUUUAAAGUGUGCUACGAUUGUAGAGCGAAAAAGAUUGAUGGCCUGCCAGAUUCAGUCGCUGGACUGCCAGAUAUCAUUGUGUCAACGGUCAACAGACGUGUUUUGAGAAGAAAACGUGCAAUUAUUAAGCGACAAAUUAUCGAUGGCAAUCGUGAGGCUGUGAACGAAAAACUUCGGACUGGGCGUUUAAUGUCAAAGGUUAAAGUUACCUACAAAAAUUGGCCAUUAAAUGUUGAUGAUGAUGAUGUUGUUCCACAAACAGUUACUUGGCACCGAGAUAUUGUUGCAGCAAAAUGCAUUAUGCUCAAAGGUAUGAAUCAAUUGGAAACAGAAUAUUCAUUAUUUAAUGUAUUUGCUUUAAAUUACAUAGGACUUUGCCGGAUCUUUGAUGUACCAUUGCCAGUUUCAUUGUUAAGACCGCCGAACUAAAACAACAAUGUCAACUAACAAACAUCAUCAAUUAAUCAUACAUUCAAAAAAUUACAUAAAAUAAAAUAUUUUAACUAUUAUAGUUAGCUUAGCUAGACAUGAACAGACUAUAUAAAGUCUUGUGGUCUAGUUGUACAAUAGUACAACAUUGUACGGAGGGGGAGUGCCCGUAGGUGAGUAAAGUUUUUAAUUUAAAAAAAGUAUUUUAUACCCAGUUCAAC